AUGGGUUUAUUGUUGAGCUACCUCUUUGGAUAUAUUUUCUACUCUGUUAACAAAAAAUUUCACAUCAUGGAAAAGUUCGGUGCUUCCAAUUCCAUUGUCAAUAAUGGUCCCGUGUCGAUCUUUGCGUACUGUGCUUCGUCGAUCUUGAUGACCGUCACCAACAAGUUUGUUGUGGGUGCUUAUGAGUUCAACUUGAACUUUUUCCUUUUGGCGGUGCAAGCUGCCGUGUGUCUCGUCACGAUUGCUACUUUGAAAGGCCUUGGAAUUAUCACUUAUAGACAGUUCAACAAGGAUGAGGCCAAAAAAUGGUUCCCCAUUGCGUUUUUGUUGGUGUUGAUGAUUUACACCUCGUCCAAGGCAUUGCAAUACUUGAGUAUUCCCGUGUACACCAUUUUCAAAAACUUGACAAUUAUUUUGAUCGCUUAUGGUGAGGUGAUUUGGUUCGGUGGAAAGGUCACCACCAUGGCAUUGGGUUCGUUCAUUUUGAUGGUUUUGUCGUCGGUGAUCGCCUACUACGGUGACACUGCGGAAACCGGUGAAAAGACCGCCGAGAUGCACUUGUUGUACUUGGGAUACGCUUGGAUGUUCACCAACUGUUUCUCCUCGGCCGCGUUCGUGUUGAUCAUGCGUAAGAGAAUAAAGUUGACCAACUUCAAGGACUUCGACACCAUGUACUACAAUAACUUGUUGUCGCUCCCCCUUUUGUUGGUAUUCUCAUUCCUUUUCGAGGACUGGUCUUCUGUUAAUCUUAACAAGAAUUUCCCCCCUGACAACAGAAACACCACCAUUUUCGUGAUGAUUCUUUCUGGUGCCUCGUCAGUUGGUAUCUCCUACUGUUCCGCUUGGUGUGUUAGAGUCACAUCUUCCACUACCUACUCGAUGGUGGGUGCUUUGAACAAGUUGCCAAUCGCGUUGUCUGGAUUGGUAUUCUUUAAUGCCGCUGUCAACUUUUGGUCUGUUUCUUCCAUCUUUGUUGGUUUCUUGGCUGGUGUGUUCUACGCUGUUGCCAAACAAAAACAGCAAAAGGAGAACGCUCAACAAUUGCCAGUUGCCAACAAGUAA